GAGAAGAAGGAGGCGCUGCGACAAGCGCUCAUAACGGUGCUCACAGCCAAGUAUACGGGCCACUGGCACCCAGAGCGCACGACGCAGGGCAGCGGGUUCCGGUCUAUCAGCAACUGGAAGCAGCUGGAUGGGGUGUUUGUGUCUGCGGCCGCUUUGGCCGGGGUGCCGCUGGCGGUGCUGGAGCGGCUGCUGCCGCGGGACGUGGUAGUGUGGUGCGACCCGUACAACGUGACGUACCGGCUGGGGGACCACGGCACGGUAUACACAGUGUAUGAGGACAAG